ACCCCAGUCUCUGAAGUGAAUGAACAGUGAAGGUCAGAUGGAGGUGUCCACGGUUCCUGCAGACAAGAAAAGAGGAUGGUAUCUCUCCUUGAUGGCGCCCAACACCAAGGGGCCGACGUUUUGCUGGCUGGACCCAUCGAGACUCUACUGCAACGCUCAGGCUCUUGCAGACUGUGUUAAAGACCUUCUCAGUCCAUUCAACACUGACUCCAUCGAUCUAGUUGCUGGGAUAGACGCAAUGGGCUUUAUUCUUGGGGCAUCUAUUGCCACCAGUCUCGGAAAAGGUUUCCUGGCUAUCCGUAAAGCGGGACACCUGUGUGUCGCAACCCAAAAACAAAACUAUAGUGACUACACAAAAAGAGAAAAGACUUUGGAAGUAAGACUGGAUGUGCUAAAGCCAGGUAUGAGAGUGCUGGUAGUGGAUCAAUGGAUAGAAACUGGAGGCACUAUGAAAGCUGCCAUCCAGCUCAUUGAAAGCCUGGAGGCCACAGUUGUAGGUGUAGCAGCUGUGGCCAUUGAGAACACGGAAGGUGGAAAAUGGCUCAAAGACAAUUACACAUUCUCGCACUGCAUCCCAGAAGAGCUUCAGGGUCAAAUCGAUGGGAAAUACCUGAACUUCUUCAAAAGCUUCCAGGAUGGAUACUGUGAUAAAAGAGUGAUAUAAAGAGAUUGUCUCACCCGCAAAAAACUGUUUAUUUUCUGCUUAGUUAUGCUGUAAAUUAAAAUACUUUUGUUUUUUGAAUAACACUAAUAUUUACUAAGAACCUCAAAAACAUGUUUUUACGUUACAUGAACCAUAAAAGGAAAAUACAUGAGUUAAAAUGGGACAUACAAUUGUAGUUUGUGAUAUAAAAAAAAAUAAAAUUCUGCCAAAAAUAUGAA